GCCUGUGGGAGGUGGCGCGGCCGGGCCCAGCUGCGGGGCGGAGGCGGAGGAGAGGCCUGCGGCGGCAGGGAGCGGCGGGGCCGGGAGCGGGCGCCGGAGCCGAGCCGAGCCGGAGCGGGCGGCGAAGGCCGCCUCGGCUAGCAGCAACCAUGUCGGUGUUCGGGAAGCUGUUCGGGGCUGGAGGGGGUAAGGCCGGCAAGGGCGGCCCGACCCCCCAAGAGGCCAUCCAGCGGCUGCGGGACACGGAGGAAAUGCUAAGCAAGAAACAGGAGUUCCUGGAGAAGAAGAUCGAACAGGAGCUGACGGCCGCCAAGAAGCACGGCACCAAAAACAAGCGCGCGGCCUUGCAGGCACUGAAGCGAAAGAAGAGGUAUGAGAAGCAGCUGGCGCAGAUUGACGGCACGCUGUCCACCAUCGAGUUCCAGCGGGAGGCCCUAGAGAAUGCCAAUACCAACACCGAGGUGCUCAAGAACAUGGGCUAUGCCGCCAAGGCCAUGAAGGCUGCCCAUGACAACAUGGACAUCGAUAAAGUUGAUGAGUUAAUGCAGGACAUUGCUGACCAGCAAGAACUUGCAGAGGAGAUUUCAACAGCUAUUUCAAAACCUGUAGGAUUUGGAGAAGAAUUUGAUGAGGAUGAGCUCAUGGCGGAAUUAGAAGAACUAGAACAGGAGGAGCUAGACAAGAAUUUGCUGGAGAUCAGUGGACCCGAAACAGUCCCUCUACCAAAUGUUCCCUCUAUAGCCCUACCAUCCAAACCCGCCAAGAAGAAGGAAGAGGAGGACGACGACAUGAAGGAAUUGGAGAACUGGGCCGGAUCCAUAUAACUGGUCCAGCGCAGGCUGGGCCCAGACAGACUCUGGUGGCCUGCGCGGCCGGCAGGCGCUGCGUGAGCGGGCAGGCAGGGUGUGGUGCAGGCAGCCUCCAUAGCUCUCCAGUCUCACUCCAAAGCAGCAGCCGCAUCACUGCUCACUGCUCACCGGCCCAGCAUGGUCUGCGCCCAGCAGGAGGGGCGGGGGGAGGGGCGGGCGGGCGGGAGGGAGGUGCCUGCUGUUUAUAAUGUUGAAUUUCUGUAAAAUAAACUGUAUUUGCAAAUCCAACAUUGAGCUUCUGGACUAUGCUAACUCCACUGCUGAAUCCUCAAUGGAAAGGGUCGACCAUUUGCAGCUGAAAUGAUCUGAAAUGUAGCCUCUGUCCUUUGAAGUCGAUUGACUAGUCGCACAUCUCUUUGUAAGACUUGUAUGGUACUGGCAGAAAGUCGUUUUUUAAAAGCCAUAGGCUUUUCCUCGUCCUUAGCUGUAACGACGCAUUGGUGUUGGCUUCCUCGAGAGCUGUGCUUCUUUCCUGUCCUUCACCUGUGUGCUGCCCCCGUCCACCACUCCGGCCCUCCUCACUCCCACCCCUGCUCUUUCGGAGUUCGUGACACUGAUCUGAAAUGGAUGUAAGAGUGUUAGAAUUAAAUUCAGCUCUGCGGUUUCUAACAUGCUCUAAGGUCCUGUUGCUGUUUGUGAUAACUGAUAGAUACUCAUUGGAAACAUGUGCAUACAUUUAUAUUCAGAUGAAAUUAUGGUUUGCACUGUCUAUUAAAUAUCUCAAUUAAUUUUCA